UGUGGCUUUUAAUGCAUACUUUAAAAUUAUUCAACAACAAUAUUCAGGGUAAAUUCAUCAGAAUUCAUUUUGGAUCCUCUGGAAAGCUGGCUUCAGCUGAUAUUGAAACAUGUAAGAAACAUCUUAUAAGGUGUGUUUUAUGAUCUAUUAAAAAGAUCAUAUUGAUAGAUCCUGCAUUUUUUUAACUUAUAGAUCUGCUGGAAAAGUCAAGAGUCACCUUCCAGCUGUCUGCUGAGAGAAGCUAUCACAUUUUUUACCAGCUCAUGACUGGACACAAACCAGAACUGCUUGGUAGGAAAUUUAACAAGUCCAACUGGUGCCGAAUAUUUCACCAUUUUAGUAUCAAUUAAAAAAAACUUUGAUUUUUUUUUUUUUUUUUUUUUUUUUUUACAGAGGCACUGCUCAUCACCACCAAUCCCUACGACUACCCUACGAUCAGCCAGGGUGAAAUUGCAGUAAUGAUGUAGAGGAGUUCAUUGCCACAGAUGUAAGCCACAAUUUCAGAAGGCUGAAUUAAUUGUAUAAAUAUUCAAAUCAUUAUAUCUGAACAAUCCUGAAACAAAGGUUCAGUCAAAUCAAUGAUAACUGUAGUCUUUGUCACACAGAUGGCCAUUGACAUCCUCGGCUUCAGCGUUGAUGAGAAAAUUAACAUCUACAAGCUGACCGGUGCUGUGAUGCAUCAUGGAAACAUGAAGUUCAAGCAGAAGCAGAGGGAGGAGCAGGCUGAGCCUGAUGGCACUGAGGUUGCUGAUAAAAUCGCCUACCUUCUGGGUCUGAACUCAGCUGACAUGCUGAAAGCUUUGUGCUACCCCAGAGUCAAGGUUGGAAACGAGUUUGUUACCAAAGGCCAGACUGUACCUCAGGUAAUGUUCUCAAACAACAAAAAAUAGAAUUAAAACAUAAGGUAAAAAUA